ACUUGUCAUUGCAAGUCUUUCUUGAGAUAAAAAAAAAUCAUCCAAGCCAGCUAGCGCCAGCAGCAAUUGCGCGCAACUGAAGGGUCCCCGAGUGUCCGGGCAUCCACAGUGUACACUGUAUUUUGUCCCCGAAAGUGCCGGUGCUGGUGCUCACCACCCCCACUACUAAUUCAACGCCAUAUCUCUCCCCGCCAGCCAUCCAGGCCCGACCUCAACCUCGCCACAGCAGCGCCAACGCAAACUCAUCGCGUGCUUUCCCCUCUUCUUCUUCUCGCGUCCUCAUCUCAUCCCAAUCCCCCGCGCGCCGCCCGGGCAAAUAAUGAGACAGUUUCGGCCCGUGCUGAGCAGCGGAGUGACGGACCAUGGCCAGCUCAGAUGACGACGAUGCGCGCGUCACGGAGCUCGAGACCCUCGAGGCCAUCUUCCCCGAGAUACGCCGUCCGCUCGACGCCCCGGGCUUCGUCUUUGAGCUCGAGCUCCCUGUGCGACCCGCUGAGCCGGUGACGGUUCUGUUCCCCGCCCCGGACGGCAGCCAGCCUGCCACCGCGGCGGCCGCAUCAUCGACUGCGCUUCCUUCCUCGUCGACAUCGUCGGGUCCGCCUGCGCCAGCCGCGGAGCCCGUCGACUCCCUCCUCAUCUCUCACCUCCCACCAGUCUCACUGCGCAUCGUUCUUCCCGACGGCUAUCCGGCCGACAAGCCGCCUCAGGUCUCCAUCUCCACCGCGCCACAAUGGCUCUCCCGCGAGACCCUCGCCGACCUCGAGAGCGACGGACCGCGCCUGUGGGAGGAGGCCGGCCGCGAUCUGGUCGCCUACUCCUACAUUGACCACGUCCAUCGCGCCGCCGAGGACGUAUUUGGGGCCAUCACCGCCGAGGGUACCCUCGCGGUUCCCCCGGAGCAUAAGCUCGCCGUCCUGGACUACGACAUCAAGGCAAAGCGUGCCGCCUUUGAGCAAGGGACGUUUGACUGCGGAAUCUGCUUAGACCCCAAAAAGGGAAGCAAAUGUCACAAGAUGCUCGAGUGCGGCCACAUCUUUUGCCUGCAGUGCCUCCAGGAUUUCUACAACGGCACCAUCACCGAGGGGAACGUGUCCGCCGUGCGCUGCCUCACGCCUAAUUGCGCCAAGCAACGUACCGCUGCCGGGCCAUCUGCCGCCUCGCGCCGUAAAACCUUCAUCAGCCCCAGUGAGCUGCUCCAGAUCGGACUGACUGAGGAGGCGGUCAAGCGCUACGUGACGCUCAAGUACAAGACGGAGCUCGAAUCGGACAAGGACACCAUCUACUGCCCGCGCCAGUGGUGCAACGGCGCCGCGCGCUCCAAGAAGCACAAAAAACCCGAGGGCCUGCAGUUCAGCGACACCGCCGAUUCUGACGGCGACGGGACCGAUGGCGAUGACGACCAGGACGCAACCGACGAAAAGGCAGUCGAGGAGGAGCGCGAUAGGGAAAGGGAUAGGAAAAAGGCAGCCGCCGCCAAGUUUAGCGCCGCCGAUCUCCUUUCCGUCUGCGAGGAUUGCGGCUUCGCCUUCUGCAGCCGCUGUCUGCAGACCUGGCACGGCGAGUUCGUGUACUGCGUGCCCAAGCGCAACACCGACGAGCUCACCGAGGAAGAAAAGGCUUCGCUCGAGUACCUCCAGCUGCACACGAGCCCCUGCCCGACAUGCGCCGCGCCCGCCCAGAAGACGCACGGCUGCAACCACAUGAUCUGCUCCCGCUGCGAUACGCACUUCUGCUAUCUCUGCUCCUCGUGGCUCGACCCGGGCAACCCCUACAAGCACUACAACCAGCAGGGCGACGGCAAGGUCACCUCGUGCUACAUGCGCUUGUGGGAGCUUGAGGGCGGCGAUGGCAACGAUGUCGGCAUCGGCUUCGUCGGUGGGCGAGGCGCCGCCGCCGUCGCCGGGGGAGGAGGAGCCGACCCUCAGCCUCAUCAUGAUGCGGCCAUGGGCGAUGCCGUCUUGCUCGCGUUACUCCAAGACGAGCCCGACGAGAGCGACACCGAAACGGAGGAUGGCGACGAUGCCCCGGCGGUCGGCCGGCCAGCCAUCGCAGUCGCCAGGGAAGCGCCGCUCGUCCUGCGCCUCAUGGACAACAACCAACAACCCCGCGGCGGGCGACGUGUGGCCCAGCCCGCGCCGCCCCAACAGCCUCCGCAUCCAGCCGCUGCCAGGGGCCGUGGCGGCGGCCGCGGUCACCAUCAGCACCACCACCACGGCCCCCAUCGCGGAGCCGCCAGGGGUGCAGACCACUACCCCCGCGCCGCUGGCGGCGGCCGAGGCGCUCUACCCCAACGCGGCGGCCGCGGCGGCGGUGCCGUUCCCAGAGGCGGAGGCCGACCCGCCCGGGGCGCCUACGCAGGCGGUCGAGUAGCAGCAGCGGCAGCGGCAGCAGGUCGUGGGGGCGGUGCCGCCGCCGCCGCCGCAGAGCAGCAGCAACAUCGUCGUCACCAGCAGCAGCACCACAACCAACAUCAACAAGAGCGGCGGCAGCGGGGGCCGCAGCAGCCACUACCGGCAGGGGGCGGCAACGACAACAUCGUCAACAACAACGAUAACAACAACAACGCAGGCGCCGGCCUCGACGCCGCGCAGGAGGCUUGGGUCCGACACUUUGUCCAGAUGGCGCUCCUGGACGAGGAGGACCAGGUCGAGGGCGGAGACUCGGACUCGGACGACGGCAACUGGCACAUACGGUGACGACCAACAAACGACGAUAUAACGCAACGGCAAACGGGGAGCGAACGACACGGGCGGGCACGGCCGGCGACUUGGCCUGCGCCUAGGGGCUAGCUAGCUAGCUAGAGGGAAAGCGAUAGCGUAGAAGCGGGCGAGCGGGCGGCUGCACCGGUCUACGGGUAGAAAGUAGAUGGGUAAAUCGGGAUCAAAAAAGGAGAAGCCGCCGGCUGUGUCGUCGGGAGAACCCAGGAUCAGGCCCCACGGAACGGACGCAUUUCCAUCCCCCUUCUUUUUUCUCCUUCUUUCCAGAUCAGUCUUGCUAUGCAGACCUUCCGGAUAUCACUCCACCCGUAUAUCCAUCACCUCUCUGCCCUGCCCUGCGUGACCUCCCGUCUUGUAAAGUCGAUGAAGGACAAGCGAGUUGCUGCGCAGUGGAGGGGGGGAAAGGGGGGGCGGACAAACCGGGAUGCUGCUGCUGCUGCUACUGCUGCUGUUCGUACCGGGCGGCGGGCUGUAGGUAUAGGCAGUAACUGUGUUGCGCUCGUCGUCCGACCUCGUCGUGCCCGUGCCCGUACGAGUCCCUGGGAACUCGCAACACGCCCGACAAGCGACGAUGAUCGCCAGGAAGAAGAGAAGGGGAAGCAUACAGACAAGCAAGUCAGGUCACAAUGGCACGGUGAUGACGAUGGUGAUUGCAACGGGCCGGCCACGCACGGCGAGCGGCUUCGUCCCACGCAGCGCAGGGGGAGCAAAUCUUCAAAGCCCAAUACAGCUAUCCAUUACCGGCCUGGAUGCCUGCCUGCCUGCCUGCCUGCCUGCCUGCCUGCCCGCCUACCUCCCUGCCUCCCUCCCUCCCUACCUACCUACCUACCUGCAUCAUCAUUACUUACUGCAUACAUGCCGCGUGCAGUGAUGUACCGCAUCGUACUUCGUACGUACCUGAUGCGCGUCUCAACUGCCAAACCGGCCCCCAUAUCCAUCCAGGGGCCGUGUCCGUCCGGUUCGCCCAUUUCGCUCGCAUCCACCCGCCCCGGCCUCCCGCCGCGGGGCUGCCUGUCAUCGACUGAUAUCAGUCAAUCAUUCCGUCCGCCCAUCCAUCCAUCCGUCAACCCCCGGCGCGUCUGCCUCCCCCCCCUUCCCCCUUCCUGCCUUGGGCCGGGC